UGAAAAUAAAUUAGAGACAUCCAAUAUUAUUUGAAGUUAUAGUUUACAAUUAUUUAUGGUCAAUUUUUAUUAGAACACGAAAAAAAAUUAAACUAAACAAUUUUCCGAACAAACUUGUGUUGAUAGAUUCGACAACCAACUGAACCAAUAAUUUGUUUUAUUUUUUUUAUUUAUUAAGUACAGAUUGUGACUUGUGAAAUUGACAUUUUGUAUAAGAACUGUAAUAUACUUUGAACGCUGAGAAUAAAAUUAAACCAACAAAUUUUUGGGGACUAUAUCCGAUUCAAGAUGUCCAAGAACAAAACAAAGAAAGGAAAAGCCCGUGUAAACGUUGAUUUACAUUCAGAUUCUGAUUCAGUAAAUGAUAUGGCAAGCGUAUAUUCUUGUGGAUCAUUAGAAGAUGAUAACAAUGGAGACGAUACACACCUGUUAUCUGCUAGCGAAAAAUACGAAGAAAAAUUACUACAAGCAAUUGAAAGCGCCACAGAGAAAUCCACUCAAACACGUAUACAAGCGCUCAAGAUUAUUAUUGAAAUACUUCAACACCGUCACAUUGCUGAUUUUCUGGAAGAUCGAAAAUUUACUAUUAUGGAUAUUGUGGAAAAAUCAUUGCGACGUGGAAAAGGACUUGAACAAGAUAUGGCAACACGACUGGCAACUCUUUUGGCAAUACAGCUUGGUGGUGGUGAUUCAAUAUCUUCAACGUUAUGUCAAAUUCUGACAUCUAUACUACAAAAUCCAACUUCAUCAUAUUCUGUUAGAGCAAUAUCUUGUACAGCUAUAGCAAUGUUACACUUUUUAAAUAGUGAUAAUAUUGGAGAUAUUGUAGGAACAAUGCAACAAUUUGAGCAGAUUUUUGCUGGAAGUUACUUGAAAGGUGAUCAAACGGCACCAACAGUUAGUGAAGAUGUAGCUCAACUUCAUGUUUCUGCUUUAAGCGGUUAUGGAUUAUUAGCUACUCUAAUCCCGGCAGGAGAUUUCUGUUCAUAUGUAACAAACGGCUCUGUUUUAUCGUCCAUAAAGAAUUUAAUUGGCUUACUCCAAUCACCUCAUGUUGACGUCCGUAUGACUUGUGGAGAGAUUAUUGCAAUUAUUUUGGAAUGUGGUCGCGUCUACGAUGAAGAGUUUAUGUGUGCUUACGUACCCGAUUUAAUUGAAUUGACGAGUGAACUAGCAAAAGAUUCACAAAAAUUCAGAGCUAAAAAAGAACGCAAAGCACAACGGGCAUCAUUUCGUGAUGUUUUACGUUAUUUGGAAGAGAAUAUAACACCAGAGAUUCAAAUUCGAUUCGGCAAAGAAACACUUGAUUUAUGUACAUGGUCCAUAGCAAUACAAUAUGAAAAAUUAUGUGAUGUAAUAGGUCCUGGGAUUACAACACAUUUAACUGAAAACGAAUUUCUGCGUGAUAUUCUACAGCUCGGCUCAAAAGUGGUUGAUACAAAGAGUAUGACUGUUAAACAAUCAAAGUUGGAAAGACAUUUGAUAAAUGCAGCUUCAUUCAAAGCACGUACUUUAUCACUGAAGAAAAAUCGAGAUAAACGAUCAGCAGUCUUCAAUUAAAUUAUUAAACAUAAAAAGUUUAUUGAAAA